AUGGUUACUAGUCUAUUUUCGUUCAAAGCGAAGGUUGGUCUAGGUCUCUUAUUAUCAUAUACCUCAUUCGAGGUUUACAUGCAUUUAAGGACGAAGCACAUUAUAUCGCAAAGGAAACAGGAAUACGAGAAGUUUAGUAGCACUUCGGGUACAAAUUCUAUAGAUAAGGAUGUUGAUUUUAGCAAAUUCAAGUCAGCUACGGUUGCUGGUAUGUUUGUUAAUCCUUUUGAUGAGUAUAGGCCACAGACAGCAUUUGAGUUUCUCCUUGUUCGUAUAAUGGAAGCAUUUGAGAGUCUUUAUGGGAAUCUGAUAGAAUUGCAUAAGAAGGUUACCGAAGAUGGUGCUAGUGAUGUCGAGGGAGUUUUGCAUUCAUAUAAACCGGAUCUAGAAUUACUAAGACAAAACUCAGUAUUAUUACAGAACUGUAUAAGUAAAAAUAAUUUCAACAACUUGACGAGUUCUUAUAAUGGAUGGCUUAAUGUGUUUCCCACGAAGUCACUCCCACCCUUAGGAGAACAAAUGAUAUUCACUUGGUUAGGACAAUCUUGCUCAUUGGUGCAAAUCUCUGGUAUAAACUUUUUGACUGACCCAAUUUUGAGUAAGCAUUUGAUCACUGAAUCUUUUGGACCAAAAAGAUUGAUCCCAUCUGCGAUGUCAUUCGAAGAUAUUAAAUACGCUACCAAUAACAAUAUCAACUUCACAUUAGUAUCGCAUGAUCAUCCGGACCACUUGGAAAUGAAUGUUGUUAGAAAAAUUGGUAAUUCAACUACAUGGAUCUUGCCAUUGGGGCUAAAAAAGAAGUUUGCCAGAAAUGGUAUAUAUAACGUUAUUGAAAUGGAUUGGUGGGAUUCCGUACCAUUAAACCGUUAUAUUAGUAGUGAGUCUAAUUUGACUGAUAAUUAUGAAAUUGUCUGUGUCCCAGCCAUGCAUUGGUCUGGAAGAUACAUAUUUGAUUCGAAUACCACAUUGUGGUGUUCAUAUAUAAUCAAGCGUAACGGUGAAGCAUUAUUAUAUCAUGCGGGUGAUACAGGAUAUCUGAAGGAACUAUUUGAUAUUAUUGGAGAGAAGUACUCCCCAAUAAAUUUAUCUUUAUUACCUAUUGGUCAGUAUUGUCCAUCAUGGCAUCAGAAACCAAGACAUAUUUCUCCUCAAGAAUCGUUACAAAUCUGUGACUCUGUCUCCUCAAAAUUUAUGAUGGGUAUUCAUUGGGGAACAUUUAAGCUUAGUAGCGAACCUAUUCUAGAGCCAAAGCAUUUAUUAGAAAAAUAUGCAGCCUUAAUGGGCAAAUCCGACAGCUAUAGAGCACCACAUUUAGGAUUGACUUACGUUUAUGAUUUAGAAAAAAACAGUAUAAUCGAACGCUGA